UUCCACGUCAAGCGCGAAGAUGCCUGUGACGGCGACAUAUCCGUGGGUCGGUGAAGUCCGAGCGGCCGUGGAUGCGAAUCCGCAUGCUGUGCGUCGCAAGCGCAUGUGCGGAUACGAGUUUCGACCAGGGGACAUGGCGUGGAACUGCCGUCAGUGCCAGAAAGACGAAACGUGUGUGCUCUGCCACGCGUGCUUCUCGGCGUCACAUUCGAACCUAUCUCACCAUGACGUGACGUUUUACUACACACAGCAAGGGACGGGAUGCUGUGACUGCGGCGACGACGAAGCGUGGGAUCCGGUCGGGUUUUGCGCAGAACACAACCCACCCACAGCGAAUGCGGGUGACGUGGACAUCUUAACGUCGGUGCCUCCGCACCUGCUUACCAUCGCGCAGAUCGAUGUGUCCCGCGAUGUACAGACCUUGCUAGGCUACGUGCUUGGCCGCCGCGCCGGAUUCCAGCGGGUCAUCAAAGCCGAGGACUCAGGAUUAUUUGACCUGUGGCUCCAUGUCACGGAAACUGCGUCCAUUCGAACAGCCCCCGAGAAACUCACCCUUGUUCAGAGGAACAUGUCGCCAGAUAGCGUGUUUCACUGGCUGUCGACGCUCGACAGCGCGAACGUGUCAGUGUUCAAUGCCGGGGAUCCCGUCGUGUACGCCGACGUCGUGGGUAUCCUUGGUCGGCUGACCCAUUGUGCGCUGGCAAGCGAUGUCCUGUGUCGACUCGUAGCGCAUGAGAUGACACAUCCAAAGGACCUGCUGGGCCACGUGAUCCGUACGGAAGCGCUGCUGCCACAACCCGAGAGCAAUGCCCUGCACACGCUCAUCAUGGCGCUAUUGCCAGACCCAGCAUUCAAAGAAGCCUUCGCCAUUGCGUUUGCCGAGUCCUACCGGUCUGUGUUUGCCAAGUAUUUAAAAGGCCACGGCACUCCUGGCCAAACGAUCCUUGUGCUUGGCGUUCAGUUUUUGAACCGACAGUCGUUCGUGCACAAAUUGAUUGCCGACCAUGAGUUGCUGGACGAGUUGCUGGGUGCGCUCGAGGCCAUGUUGCUCAGCAACGCGAGCAACGUGAUCCCCUGGUCCGAUAAGGAUAUGUCUGACUGCGUGGACGAGUCGUCAACGCAUCCAUGGGAUCAACUGGCGCUGCGCAUGCUUCGUUGCAGUGGACCCGACUCGACGUCGUCAGCCACGACACAAGAAUCGGGAGACUCGGUGGCGUCCCCUCGCAGCACAAACGAAUCGUCCGUAGUCAAAGCGGACAGCAACGCGACGUCGCUGCUUCCGCUUCCCAUUCUCCUUCACGUCGAUGGCCCGCCGUUUACCACCCACCGGUAUAGCCAAGUCCUCGUGGACCUCAAGUAUGUGUUUCAGAUUCCGCACGAUCGGUUCCUCGCGCGGUUCGCCGCCUCGUUCCGCUGGCUGUGCCGACUCUUGGCCCGCAUCCAAGGCAUGGGAGCGACGUCCCGCAUCCCGACAACGAAGGACCAUGUGCUUGUGGACAGUCGGAGCUGGAUUGUUUAUAUUGAAAUGUCGACGCUCGUGCAAGAAAUGCUGUCGGCGCUCAUCUUGAACGUCGUCACGACGGAAUCAACCCCGGGCCAUGCGAUCCGCGGUCUCGUAGGGCCGAUUGUCGAAGCGCUGUGUCUGUGGCUGGCUGCCAUCAAGGCAUACUUCCCGCAGCACGUCGGUCGGGUUGGCGCGCCAGACGUCGUUGUCGGCGUUCAUUAUCCGCUGCACCACGCUCUCAUCCUCGUCCUGCGUGGGGCAACGUGCUCUCCCGCCAUGAUGGACGCAUUCAAUGCCGCCGUCGAUGCGACACUUCCCCACGGUCCAUCGAAUCCCCAAGGCGCAUGGCUCCGGCAACAGAUCGUGCUCCCGAUGCUGCGAGCGCUCGUGUGGGAUGCUCAAGUGCACGUGAACUUGUGGCGACGCAAUGGGUUCGGUGUCAUGAACCACAGCAUGAACUACGGUGAACCGUACUACUGCAUGAAAUUUCGAGACUUGGACCUCCUGGGGCUCCAGCACGCCGUGGCCAUUUGUGGCGCUGACGUCGUGGUGCGGCUUGUCUUGGAUCAGUUCGACGUGGCGCCGCUUGAAGUUCGAGAUUUCGACGAUGCCAUGCUGGCGGAGUGCUUCAAAUUGUUGUGCCAAGUCGCAACGGAGCUUCCCCUCGGCACCCCGUCGCUCCACGCGCGGCUCCGCCGGCUGCUCAUCCAGCGACUCUGCAGCAAACCCAGCACCCACUCGGAACUGUUCAAGUGCGUGGCGGAAUAUUGCGCCGUCCACGAAAUUCACGUCGCGCUCUCGUCGCUGUCGCUGGACGCAGCAGUCAAAGAGCUCACCAAGGACGUUGUGCAGCCUCGGCAAAAGGUGUACACCCUCGAUCCCACACACUUGGAACUCUACGACGCGACAUCGAUCCAUUUGACUCGAAAGCAGCACGAAGCCGCGCGGUUGAAUCGGCUCGACCACCGCACGAAUGUUCUCAAAAAGUACGGCCCCCCCUCGACGUUUUACCCGGCGGCGCCGCCGCCCCUGCACAUGACCGAAGGCCUCCUCCCCCACUUUGAAGCCGCGUUUUACCUGAUCCUCCGCCCCGAGAUCUGUGCAAAGCUUGCGGCUGUGCUUCCCCGGCUAGACGACGUUGGGGCGAACCUGGCGACGAUGGCCAUCCAUCUCUUGACGCUCCAGCUGUAUGCGUUGCGGACGGCGCUGGACCAUCCCACCUUCCACGAGCUCGGGAGGGUUUUCCUCGACUGGUUGCCGUCGGUCGUGCCGUCCUUGGUGUCGUUGAAUCCAUGGGCACGACCGAGUUCUGGUUCGUACAGCCACACGGACCACGAGCGGGGGCGACACAUUCAGUGGAUUCUCCACGAACUCUCAAUCUACCCGCCGUUCCAUGCCCUCGUGUACUCGCCCGCUCUCGCGUCGUUGUCCCCGACUGUUGUUUCGACAGACGCACCCCAUCACGCAACGCCCCCGCCGCGCCAUCGCGCGCAGCAGUUGGCGCUGCUUCGCAUGGAAAAACAACGCGCCAAGUUCCUCGCGAGCCUCGACACUGCAGACGUUGGCGACGAUGACGACGGCACGGCAUGGGAGCCGUGUGCGAUGUGCCACGAAACCGAGAGCGCAACCGAGACAGAGGCAUCGUUGUGCUUUGUCGGGUAUGUGCACCCGUCCGCGCUGAACGUGCCGGCGAUCCACUCGGGAAAGAAAACGCCAUGGGAAGACAUGCGACGAGAAGUUCCGUUGACGAUGCAGUGCUGCGGGCAUUGCGUACACAUGGGGUGCUGGGACAGCUACUUUGCGACGCAAUUUCAAAAAGUCAUUACCGGAGAGGCGUACCUGAAUGCGGUGGAUGUGAAAAAAGGCGAGUUUUUGUGCCCGCAAUGCAAGUCGAUCUCGAACGUGUUGGUGCCAGCACGAGUCGACUCGGCCGUUGUCGGCCACGAGCUAGACCCGUUGAACCACGAAAGGCAUCCAUCAGGUGGCGACGCCUUUGACUGGGCAUCGUGGUUGCGGCCCCCAGCACACGAAGAGCCAGCGGCGCGACCGCCACUGGAUGCAGGACUGGCCAAGCUCUGCAUGUCCAUCCAUCGAGUGGCGACGGGGGCGAUCGAAAAAGCCCACCCGAAGCGAUACAUCGCCACUGCGUGCCAUGCCGUGUUCACGUCUCGAUGGACCGCUGCCAUGACCAACAUGCCGUUCGACAAGAUUCAACCGCUCGUCGCGGCCGCCAAACACCUUCGCCAUCCAGACCUGACACGAGAGCACCGACAAUUGCUCGCCCUCGGACAAGUUCCUGACUCGGCUGGCGACGCUUUGGUCGAUACCCACACGCUGACGCACGUGCAAAAGACGUGGCAUUCGGUCGUGGGUGCCAAGCCGCUCUUGCUCCACGACCUCGGCUCGAUUGUAGCGAGAGGGGUGCUGUUGAGCGACAAUGCGCUCGACGCCGCGCGGUCCGUGCAACUCGUCGCCCUUGCAUUUGUUGUGCAGACCACGUUGUGGUUGCUCUCGAACGCGAGCAACCGCGUUCACAUGUCGUCGACCCAAACAAGCGAUCCAAGUGGCGAUAGCCCCACCGACUGGUUCUUGCGAGAGUGGUGCGGCGGCGAGUCGAAAGACAUGGGCGUGGCUGUGCUCCGCCACCUGACAGGGCAGGUUGCGACGUUUGCACCAUGGCCAGACGAUGGGACCGACUGCUACACCGUGCUGGACGGGGUGGCGAUCGAAUUGCGCCCAUUUUGCAACGAAGCGCGGGCCAUGCUCGGCCCAGCGACUACUACCACGUCGUGGCUGUGCCUGCCACGGUUGCCGCAGGUUCUCGUGCACCUCGUGCACACCUGGGUGCAGAUCUGUUGCACGACGUACGACGCGAUGCAAGAUCCGUUGGGUGUGCUGGCGCAAUGGCGGCUCAAGAACAAUUGCGUCGACACUUGGACGACGGUCCUGCGCCAAGAUUUGAAUGCCGCCCACGUGCCCUUGAGUGCGCUGUGGUACCACCACCAUCGCACACACUUUCUGCGGCAUCUCCCGUCGGCCUACAACUCGUUGUACCUGGAUCUGACCAAGCAAGUGUGCCCCACAUGCAACCUCUUUCCCGCUCGCCCCGCGCUCUGUUUAGUGUGCGGCAAACUCAUGUGUGCCGCGUCGUCGUGUAAAUCGAUCUCGCCCAUGUCUGUCUCCGGCGCAUGCACGCUGCACGCGCACAAGUGCGGUCGCGGCGUUGGAAUGUUUAUGCUCGUGCUGGAAGGAAAAGUGCUUCUUGUGAGUGGCAAGUUGGCGGCGUUUUACGGCUCCAGUCUAUACGUGGACGAGUACGGCGAAGGCUUUGGCGAGUCGCACUCGAUGGUGACGUUUCGCGGACGGCCGCUGUUUCUCGAGACGAAUACCCGGGACGCCCUGCUCGAGCUGUGGGCCCAGCAGCGCGUUCCUCUGGCCAUAGUCCAUGCCCAAAACAUUGCGACCCAUCUCGUUCCCAACAGUCACUAUUGAAAACAUGUACUACCUAGUCCAGGAAUCGUCCCAUGUCAACCUUUGCGCCGCUUCGUCGUGUGUAUGUGCUGAAAUGGCGAACCCACUCUGGCACUUGCCAUGCUUCAUGCCGAUCUCGCAAUCGAAUUCCCAUCAUCGUUUAGGCAACUUUGCGCGUGAGCCCAUUUUGGAGGGUCGGGUGUGCAGUCCUUUGUGGAUGGCUGCCCGCGCGGAGGCAUGCCGUGGCUUCGUAUGGCCCUCUUCAGUCCUUAUGCAUGCGAUCGUGGAUUGUUUCUCUCGCGAGAUGCGGCCACGACGUCGGCGAGGGUUCGCUGCGCAAGCUGCCGAAUGCCUACCUCGGCAAACUCGAGGCUGAC